AUGCACCUCAGUUUUUGCACGAACACGGAGUUAAUUACUCAUAAUGCUAGUCAGGCAGCAGUGUUUAUUCAGUAUUUGUCAAAGCAUCAAUUAUCACUUUCUGAUGUCAAAGCUGUUUGCGAAAGCGAUAGAAGAUCGCGUAAAUUUCAUGCAGUGGACGUAAUUUUGGCACUUGUGUAUGGAGAGAGUGAUCAAGAUGCAAAAUUUGAAAGCCACAUACCGUCACGUAGCGACCACGUCCAACAUUAA